GAUGCUGGAGACAGAGCAUGAAAGGAAAGAAUCAAACUAUGUUCUCAGAGUUCCUCCUCCUGGGUGUGCCUAUCCAGCCAGAGUAUGAACACCUGUUCUAUGCCUUAUUCCUCUCCAUGUAUCUUACCACCGUCCUGGGGAACCUCCUCAUCAUCGUCCUCAUUCAACUGGACUCUCAUCUCCACACACCCAUGUAUUCUUUUCUCAGCAACCUGUCCUUUUCUGAUCUCUGCUUUUCCUCUGUCACAAUGCCCAAGUUACUGAAGAACAUGCAGAGUCAAGUCCCAUCCAUUCCUUAUGCAGGCUGUCUGGCCCAAAUGUAUUUCUUCCUGUUUUUUGCAGAUCUGGAGAGCUUCCUGCUUGUAGUCAUGGCCUAUGACCGCUAUGUGGCCAUCUGCUUCCCCCUGCACUACACCAGCAUCAUGAGCCCCAAGCUCUGUGUGUGCCUGGUGGUGCUAUCCUGGGUGCUGACCACGUUCCAUGCCCUGUUGCACACCCUGCUCAUGGCCAGAUUGUCUUUCUGUGGGGACAAUGUGAUUCCCCACUUCUUCUGUGACAUGUCUGCACUGCUGAAGCUGGCAUGCUCUGACACCAGUAUAAAUGAAUUGGUGAUAUUUAUCACGGGAGGCAUCAUUCUCAUCAUUCCAUUUGUACUCGUUAUUGUUUCCUAUGCACGAAUUGUGUCCUCCAUUCUCAAGGUCCCUUCUGCUCGACAUAUCCGUAAAGCUUUCUCCACUUGUGGUUCUCACCUCUCUGUGGUGUCACUGUUCUAUGGGACAGUCAUUGGCCUCUACUUAUGUCCAUCAGCUAAGAAUUCUACUAUGAAGGAGACAGUCAUGGCUCUGAUGUACAUGGUGGUGACUCCCAUGCUGAACCCUUUCAUCUACAGCCUGAGGAACAGAGACAAAGGAAGCCCUGGGAAGAGUCAUUUGUAAGAAAAUUUGUUUCUGUCCAUGAUAGUAAUAUUUGUAACUAUUAUAUAAUUUUCCAGUAGAUAUAUUGAUUUCUAAAUAUCAUUCUUGACCUUUUUUCUUGCAGGCAAAAUAUUACAUAAAUGUCCAAUAAGUAAAACAUCUCAAGUGAAGAUGUGUAGUUGAUGUAGGAAGGUGUUCUCAGGGACAUACUAGGAAGGUUUUCCUAUUUCCUAAUUCCAAGUGACCCUGAGCAAGCUUAAUGUAAAAGAUUUUAGCUGAGUUUUUCACACGAGAGAGGCAAUGAGAUAUUUACACACGUGUAUCCAAUUUAUUUCACUUAAGAGUAUGGUGUCAAGGAACAAAAUGUAUGAUAGAUAACGUGAAAUAGGAAGAAGUUUUUCAAAAGGAAGGGGGAAAAGAAGGAAGGGAAAAUACUGAGAAAAGGAAAAAAUGGAAACAAAGCCUUUGU